GGAGCCCUCCCGUCAUGUCCAGGUGAGGCCGAGGAGCACAGUGCUGAACAUGCUCAGGAGGUUGGACAGGAUCAGGUUCAGAGGCCACAAGAGAGAGGACUUCCUUGACCUAGCGGAGUCCCCAAAUGCCUCGGACACCGAGUGUGGAGACGAGAUCCCCCUAAAGACGCCGAGGACCUCGCCCCGGGACAGCGAGGAGCUCAGGGACCCUGCUGGUCCAGGGACUCUCAUCAUGGCGACAGGGGUCCAGGAGUUUAGCAGGACAGAAUUUGAUCGACUGAACGAGAUCAAGGGUCACCUAGAAAUCGCCUUACUGGAAAAGCACUUCCUACAGGAGGAGCUCCGGAAGCUUCGAGAAGAAACCAACUCAGAGAUGCUGCGGCAGGAACUGGACCGUGAGCGGCAGCGGCGGAUUGAACUGGAACAGAAGAUGCAGGAGGUGCUGAAGGCCAGGUCCGAGGAGCAGCCAGCACAGCCUCAGCAGCCGCCAAAGGGACAGAGCCAGGCCAGCAAUGGCGCAGGCACAGAGCGCCGCAGCCAGGGGCUCUCCUCCCGUGUGCAGAAGUGGUUCUACGAGAGGUUUGGCGAGUAUGUGGAAGACUUCCGCUUCCAGCCCGAGGAGAACACUGUGGAGACGGAGGAGCCCCUCAGUGCCCGCAGGUUAACUGAAAACAUGAGACGUCUGAAGCGUGGUGCCAAGCCUGUCACCAACUUUGUGAAGAACCUCUCUGCCUUGUCUGACUGGUACUCCGUCUACACCUCUGCCAUCGCCUUCACCGUGUACAUGAAUGCCGUGUGGCAUGGCUGGGCCAUCCCCAUGUUCCUGUUCCUAGCAAUUUUGAGGUUAUCCCUCAAUUACCUCAUCGCCAGGGGCUGGAGGAUACAGUGGAGCAUUGUGCCGGAAGUAUCUGAAGCUGUAGAACCUCCAAAGGAAGAUCUGACUGUAUCCGAGAAGUUCCAGCUGGUUCUGGAUGUCGCCCAGAAAGCACAGAAUCUCUUUGGCAAGAUGGCCGACAUCCUGGAAAAGAUCAAGAACUUGUUCAUGUGGGUACAGCCCGAGAUCACACAGAAGCUGUACGUCGCACUGUGGGCCGCCUUCCUGGCUUCCUGUUUCUUUCCUUACCGCCUGGUGGGGCUCGCUGUGGGGCUGUAUGCUGGCAUUAAGUUUUUCCUCAUCGACUUCAUCUUCAAACGCUGCCCAAGACUUCGAGCCAAGUACGACACACCCUACAUCAUCUGGCGGAGCCUUCCCACGGACCCACAGCUCAAGGAACGCGCUGGUGCCACCGUGUCACGCAGGCUGCAGACAGCCUCCUCACGGAGCUACGUCUCCAGUGCUCCCGCUGGCCUGAGUAAGGACGAAGAUGCGGGUCGCUUCCACAGCACCAAGAAGGGCAAUUUCCAUGAAAUUUUUAACCUGACAGAAAACGAGCGGCCGCUGGCGGUGUGCGAGAAUGGCUGGCGUUGCUGCCUGAUAAAUCGAGACCGGAAGAUGCCCACGGACUACAUCAGGAACGGGGUUCUGUAUGUGACCGAAAAUUACCUGUGCUUCGAAAGCUCCAAGUCUGGGUCGUCAAAGAGGAACAAAGUGAUCAAGCUGGUGGACAUCACAGACAUACAGAAGUACAAAGUCCUGUCUGUCCUCCCUGGCUCGGGCAUGGGGAUUGCCGUAUCGACUCCAUCCACACAGAAACCCCUGGUGUUUGGUGCCAUGGUGCACAGAGAUGAGGCUUUUGAGACCAUUUUCAGCCAGUACGUGAAAAUCACAUCAUCGGCAGCCUCUGGCGGCGACAGCUAGUAUCAACUCCCAGGUGUUGCUGGAAUCCUUUCUAACAAUUGGGUAGUGGAGCAGAUCCCAUGUCCUCAUGAUCUUUUGCAAUAAUUCCCCUGGACUGUGGUUUGUUAUGUUGGCCCAGGUUCUGCAGACGCCUUCACCAAAGGGCUGGGACUCAUGAGGAUGAGACUGUACUGGGCACAUAAAGCACUUAGUGGACACCUGUGGGCAGGGGCAGGUAGAGAAUCCUCAGGGCCUGUUUGAAGAAAGGCACACAAGACAUUCGUGCCCAGGCUCUAAGCACAGCCCCUCAAUGUUCUUCAUCCCGGCCUGGGUACAGGCCCAGCACCUGCCAUUGUAGGAAGCCCCAUUGACCCUGUGACACCCCCCCCCCACCCUCCCACUCUGCGGAGGCCAGAGGCUUUUCUCUGCCAAAGCCAUAGCUGGGAGCAUCUGGCCUCCUCCAGGCGGGUUGGUAAGACAUUGGUGAGUCAUGUGGAGUUCCCUCUCCAACCUCCAAGAAAUGGUCAGUCAUCUUACUUGGCCCUCAGGGAACCCCUCCUUCCUAUUGGCCUGCUGUGGGCACUGUGAGGCUGUGAGUAGGGAUUCUCAGGGCUGGGUCUAGACCACCACUCAUCUGUCCAUCCUGGCCUGACACACUCCAGCCAUGAGGCCUGUGGUUGGUGGUCAGUGAGGGCACAGAAUGGCAUGCAGGUAAAAGCACAUCUUUUUAACACUUUGCUCACUGGGAAGGCCCAGGAGACCACUGGGAAGGCCUUGAAGGUACUCUAGGCAUUGGCUGCUGCCAGGUGAAAGAUCAAUCCUGGUCCGCCUGGCGUUUGGCCUCCAGGCUGCAACCUCUCCUGGUAACGGGAUGGGGUUACAGGGCUGGCCUGGAGAGGCCACCAAGAUGAUGUGUGAGGACCCUCUGCUGUAGGGGACAGAUGUUAGCAGAGCCCAGAAAUGGGGGCCUGGGCUGCCCUGCACCCCUGACAUCUGACAGUAUUCUCUCUUACUGCAUGCCCAGCAAGGGCCAGGCAGACCAUCCCCCCAUCUACUGCCUCUUGCCCUAGCAAAGCCCAUGCUGCUGAGGGCACAGCAGCUCUCCCGGAGGUCAGGGGGAGGAGGGUGUCUUGCAGGCCAUCUAUUCAGAAUGUCUGCACUUGGUUUUGAAUCACAAAGAGCUCUGUCACAGAGUCCUGGAGCAGGCCUGGGCCUCUGAAGGGUGCAACCACCACCCUACCUGUGCGAUUUCUGCCUUCUAGGGUGGAUGACACUAGUUCCUUCAGCUUGUCCUUCAGGCGUCACUGAGAUUGUUGUUUUUUGAAGAAACAGAAGAUUAUAUUUUUUACAGAGAGCAAGCUGUUUUUCUUAUUUUUAUAUCAUUUUUCAAGUGUAAUUUUUACCUUUGCUCCAACCCUCAUUUGCGGAUGAGGUUGUGAGGCCUGGUGGCUUAGGCUCAUGAUGCCCCAUCCCCUGGGGCUUCAGGGCCACACAUUGGGGCAGGGGACGGGCAUGCCAAGCAGACAGAUGCAGCACACAUCCCACCCCAGAGUGCAAUGAAGGCCACACAGGUCCGGCUACAUGGAUGCUGGCCAUCAGAGGACUGUAAACAUGGAGGCAGGACCCUCCACCCAAGGCCGUGGCUUGGGCCCUUCUAUGGACUCCUACCCUCAGCAGCAUGGGGUGGGAUGAGGCAGUACCAGAGGGGAAGCAGGGUAGGCCUUGACCUGUUUCCAGGGAUGGCUGUAGGGGUGAUGCCCACAGGUAGUGGUUAAGGCUUUCUGGGCCCUGGCGGCUGGGAUCAGUGAGUGCUACCUCAGAGUCGCUCUGGGAUGCUGUCCCCAGUCACCGUGGGGAGGGGCCCCUGAGCAGAAAAGGCAAAGCAGGUGGUUUAGUUUGAGUCCCUUUCACUGAGAAAGGGGGAUGAAGACUGACCACAGACCAGGGCAGCAAGCUAUGAGCUGACGAGCUGGCGAGCAGCAGGACCUUAGAUGGAGCCCAGGUGGGCAGAGCUGGGCCAGGGAUCUGUGUAGGUACUGGCCAUCCUGACCGAGAGACUGGGUGGGGGUUUUACUGGCUCAUGUGAAUCUGGGCAGAUAUUUAAUUUCUGUGACUAAACGCUGAACUAGAAUGAAUGUUAAAUUUUGUAUGUCUGAAGCUUGAGUCUAUUUUGGAUCUGUACAUAACUGUUACUGGUGUAACUUUUGACAAAGGGAUUGUAUUCUAUGAAGAACUGAUAGAAAAAAAAUCCUGUCACUUUUUUAAAAGGAAACAUUGUUUAAAUAAAAAGUCUUGUAUAAAUUAUAAUUUUUAUUUAAAUAAACCUAAAAUGCUUUA